GUGAGGGUCACGCCCAGGUAACGGUAGAGCUGAAUUGCCCUCAAGGGAUCCCGCUUUUGGGGAAGCCGAGGCUGACAUGCUGACCCCUCUAUUCUCCAUUGUCAGGCCUAUGUCUUCUCCCACCCCUGAGGACACUCCUCAAGAGCCUGGGCCUGAGCCUUCAAGCUUCAAGAAGAAGAAGAAAAGAAAGUGGCUGCAGCAAGAGGCCAGCAUCCAGGCCCUCACCAGGGCUGGUCAUGAUGCCCUGCGGGCUGGCUGGCACCACGAGGCAUUGACUAGCUUCCAGAAGGCUUUCCUCCUGGCCUUCAAGGUCCCACAAGCCAGAGACAGCCCUGUUCUCAGGGCCUGCGCCUUCAAUCUGGGGGCUGCCUACGUGGAGACUGGAGAUCCAGCCACAGGCCUUAAGCUACUCCUGUGAGCCCAACCUGAAGAGAAGGCUCAGGGCAGAUGCCACGGCGACCAGUGCUUCAAUGUGGCUUUGGCCUACCAUGCACUGAGUGAUCUGCCUCAAGCUUUGGCCUGGUACCACAGGGCCCUGGGCCACUACCAGCCACAGGGUGACCAGGGAGAAGCCCAGGCAAAAAUGGGAGCUUGCUACCAGGCUCUGGGGCAGCCUGAGCUAGCGGCCCCCUGCCUGCAGGAAGCAAGCCGAGCCUAUGCCCAGGCAGGGCGGCCCCAGGCCGCAGCCCUGGCAAUGGGGGCUGCGGCAGGGUGUAUGCUGAAGAGCGGACAGCAUGGGGCGGGUGAGGUGGUACAGGUGCUGGAGGAGAGCCGGAGGCUUGCUGAGAGGAGCACUGAGCAGGGCUUGCUGGGGCAACUCUACAAUGACCUAGGCCUGGGCUACUCCGAGCUCCAGCUGUUCCCGCUGGCAGUGGAUGCCUUCCUGCAGGCCCUGCCCCUGUGCUGGGGGCCUGGAGAGGAGGCCACAGUGCUAAGAAACCUUGGGAUGGCCCACAAUGCCCUCGGCAACUAUCAGGAAGCUCGGAAGUUUCACCAGAAGGCUGCCGACCUACAUGGCUCUGUGGGGCAGCGGUGGGAGCAGGGCCGGAGCUUUGGCAGCCUGGCAUUUGCACUGAGCCAGCUGAGGAACCACAAGGCCGCCAGAGACAACUAUCUUCAUGCCCUGCAGGCUGCCCGGGAUACUGGGGAUAUAAAGGGGCAGUGGCAGGCCUGCGAGGGUCUGGGGGCUGCUGCAGCCAGGCUGGGGCAAUAUGACCAGGCCUUGAAGCACUACAAGGAAGCGCUGGCCCAGUGCCAGAAGGAGUCGGAUUCUGUGAGACAACGUUUGGUGGCCAAGCUGGCAGACGCCAUGAGGAUCCACUUGGCCCAGGGGGGGCUGGUCCUGACUCAAACCCUGACCCCGGCUUCAGGGAGGCGGCAGGCUCCAGGUGGAGCCUGCCUGGCGUGGACCCCAGGCAGGCUGGGGAGGAGCAUCGCAGCUACCCAGCGCAGAUCUGCCGGUGGGUGGGAAGGCGAAGAGGCUGAGGACCACCGCGAGGAGAAGGAGGAGGAGGGGUCGGCGAAUAUUCCCGCGAUGUCUCGGGCGCGGAGACUGGAGGGUCCAGAACCCGGGACCCAUCUCUCAUUUAGAGGCCCAGAGCCCCCCAGAGUGUGGCACCCUAGCAUCCUCGUACCCAAUGGCCCUCAAGCCAAUAGGUCAUCCAGAUGGCCCAGGGAAACUCCCAGCAGGAAUCCCCAGAGGAGACCCACUGAGUCUGGCUUCUGCACAAUCACGUGAAUCCACUCUGCUCGCCAGAGCUCUGGCCUCUGCAGUCCCCCCCGACACACACACUUUAGGGACUUCUGGGGACCAAGCCUCUUCCCAUUUGUUGAACCCUGUGUGGACAAGAA